CAUAACCUAACUUUCUAAAUCUUGGCUCGUUUCACGCGUGUGCAUAUCAAAACAAAACAAAUUCACAUUAAAACAUGAAAUUACGAAUAGACGAAGUGGUCCCGAAAGGCGACACGUGCCCUGUGCUCGUCAACUUUCUGAACGGAACCGUUACAGAGAACUUUACCACUGCCAAAUGCUACACCUUCCAAGACGAAAACACUGGCAAGAAAACAAUUGCAACUGAGAUAGAUAAAAUAGUUUACUAUGGCGAAGAAGAAGAUGACGGGCUGGAGCAAACCUUCCUCGUGGCGAGAAACAAAAAGACCGGGAAAGUGAGAUUAAUAGAAGCCGGCGCGGUUAACAUAAAACCUUACUUUCAUAGAGAAAAACCAUCAGAGCUACUGGACACCUCAGCUAUAGAGCUCAGCAGGAAGUUCGGCUCCAAAAAGAGCAAGCAGAAGAUGGAGCACAAGGAACGACUCAAAGUGGACACAAAGACUGUCACCGAACAGAUGGAGAAAGUCACAAAAACCAUCACCGCGGAAAAAGCUGAUCUCACAGCGUACCUCGUAGAGAAUUCCGAUGAGUUUUACGUGCCACCUAUUAAUAAAGACGCCGUGGAAGUGCAUGAUGUGUACGACUUGGACCAGAUCCUCAGCCCGGAGCAACUCGAGAAGGUUCUGUCAGAAAUAGAGGGAAAAGACUAUGCAACGGAAUACCAUCCAUUUAUAAAGGACAUUGUAUCGGACAGAACGUUAGAUAGCAAAGAGAUAGCUCUCGGUUUAUAUGCUAGUGCUCUGUUUAAUAUAUACUCAAUGAACAGCCGCGAUAUAGCCAAGAAGUCUUUCAGUAUUAGCGCAAUUUCACCGACGCUGAAUGAAAUAGUUCUAAUGAACUUUUGCCAGCAGGCUCCUGGGAAACCGCGGGCUCGCCCAGCCAUGUACAGAGACAAGACUAUAUGCCAUGCAAUAGUCUUGUGUUUGUUACUGAACAAGUUUAAGCUUGAUUUGGAGAUGUUAGCAACAAAGAUGAAAAUAUCACCGACCACGGUUGUAGCUAAAGCACGGGCCUGUCUCGCGACUGUCACCGUGUCUGGACAGAAGAAAGUGGCUGUUCUCAAACUUCCACUGCCGUCUAACAAAGCAUUUAGGAGAAAAAGUGCCAAGUUCUAGAGCAGGCUAACAAACUUAUACAGGGUGUUUGUGUUACUAUGGAUCAAAUAAAACUUUUGUUCAGUAUAAUUUAACUAUUUCGCAGAUUUAGGUUGGCUUGCACAAGACAUUUAAACGCAUUUAAAUCUAUUGCGCGCUUGCUUAGUCAGUAUACUGACUGAGCAGGACAGCAAGACUUAAAUGCAUUUAAAAUGUUUGAUCCGUACUUAGAAACACCUGUAUUUUGCUCUAAGGAAUGGAUUGUUAAUUUAGUUUGUAAGAAAUGUAAUAUACCAAUGAAAAUACA